GUUUUUAUCGAAUAUAUAUUAUGUUUCUUUCUUUGGUGGGCGUGAUUCACCGUCUUCGAUUCUCUCUGUUACCUCUCAAACCCUAUUUUCCAUGGUGAUUGCGUGAUUACACCAAAACCGGUGGAAGAUUUUCUGUCCACCUCCAUUUUCUGGUGCUUCUCCUGCCUUUUUUCGUCUAUUUUGCGCUCUCGAGUUUGAUUUUAAGCUGAAUUUGAAUUUGUUUCAAGGUUGCAGCCUUGAAUCUAGAUUCAUAAAGGUGUUUUGCAGUUCAGUCGUGUAGAUAACAGAGGUUGUAGCUUUGAUCUCCUCCGCAGUUCGACCGCCUCAAUCUACCAGCAGUUCCAGGCUGUUGCAAGACAAUACGUUGCAUAUAUACCUUUUUGAAAGAGUACAAAUCAGAUAUAUCAAGUAGUUGCAAUAAAAUGACAAUUGUGGAGGACCCAAAUCCAAAGGUCGCACCUAAUUUGUCAACCAUAUCUCCACCAAAUUCCUAUGGAGCCGUUGUUCUAGGUGGCACCUUUGAUCGCUUGCACGAUGGUCAUCGUCUUUUCCUUAAGGCAGCUGCUGAGUUAGCAAGGGAUCGAAUUGUAGUUGGUGUUUCUGAUGGACCUAUGCUGUCUAAGAAACAGUUUGCGGAUCUCAUUAUGCCCAUUGAAGAGAGAAUGAAAAUAGUUGAAAACUACAUUAAGUCUAUCAAGCCAGAGCUGGCAGUACAAGUUGAACCCAUUAUUGAUCCUUAUGGUCCUUCAAUUGUUGAUAAAGAUCUGGAGGCUAUUGUUGUCAGCAAGGAGACGUUACCUGGUGGAUUAUCCGUCAACAAGAAGAGAGCAGAGAGAGGCCUCUCACAACUAAAGGUUGAAGUUGUAAAUCUGGUAUCUGAAGAAUCCAGUGGAGAAAAACUGAGUUCUUCCACAUUGCGGAAGCUUGAAGCAGAGAAGGCUGGAAAACUUUAGCCUGCAUUAACUGGUAUAUAGGUACAACAUGCUGAUACAACCAGGUUUCUUCUUCUUGCUUUACAAGUGGUCUUGGUUUUCAUGAUAUCUUUGGUCUUGUUGAAUAAAUUCUGUAUAUAAAGAUACCUUUUAUGCAGUAUACUUCAAUUUUCUAUAAAUAACAUAAACAUAAAAUCAUUUAUUUGGGAGAUUAA